AAUUUAGCAUCAUAUUGGUCCAGUACCGGAGGUGAAUCAGUGCUUUUCCUUCAUGCAAAUCGUCACAAAUCUAACGGCAGAGGGCGACAAUGAGCCCAAUGUAGCAAACAGUCGACCGUAGAAGAAGAGCCCCAAUUCGUCAUUGUCAAUACAGGACAGUAGACGGAAUAUGUCGAUCCCUUGAAACAAAAGAAGUGGCACUCGGUUGAAAGGGGAAUCGGAGCUGCUUCCUCCAAAACAUGGGCAAGUCGCGGGACUUGACUGAGUUCGAGCGAGGACUGAUCGUCGGCGCUCGAAGCGCAGGCUGCAGCAUCUCGGAAACGGUCAACCGGCUGGGCUUCUCCAAGACGGCGGUGUCGCGGAUAUACCGGGAAUGGUGCGUGAAGAAGAAGACUAGCAGCCUGCGGGGGACCGGCGGGAGGAAACGCCUCGUCGACGAGGUCGGCGAGAAGCGGAUGGAGCGCGUGGUGGAAGCCAACAACCGGGCAACGGUCACGGAGAUCCAGACCAUGUACAAUUUCAGUGCCGAGACGCCCAUCUCGCACAAAACGACCCAGAGGGCAUUGAAGCGGCUGGGCUACAGCCGCAAGCCUCCCAGGCGGGACUCGGUGUCUCGGACCACGCGGAAGAAUCCGGUACCCCGGACCAAGCAGCAGGACCCCGUCCAGGGCUCUCCACUGAAAGAACAGACUGCCGUGUCGACGGACUUGGGUGGAGGCAACAAUGCGGAACAGGACACGGGUCGUAAAACUCGGGAGACUUUGCCAUACGAGGGUGCUCCCGUGAGUUGCAACCAGACGCUCCCCGCGGUCGAAGCCCCUCUACCGGGGUUUCAGUGUUGGUGAGGAUCCACAUCGCCGAGAGCCUUCAGAUCACCAGUGCCUGUGGCUCUGUUCUUACUUUGAACUCUUAAUUUCGAACCCUGGACACAUGACCCAACUUUUGUCGUCAUCAACAUUGAAAUGCGGUAGCAUAAUAAGCCUAGGUGUUCAUACAAAAAGUGCAUUUAUUGUUGUAAGCCAUUGUAACGUGAUGCACAGUUGUGUAUGUUACCACCGUGCUGAAAUAUAAGAACAUGAAAAGCUGCACUACGAUUAAUCAUUUACGCUGCGUUGUGCAUUAAUUUAAAACCAAUUUUGGAGACACACUUCCUUGGACAGGAACACACAAGUGUUUUACUUACAAGUGAAAUCUAACUGAGCAUUACUUAGCAAAUGUGCUUUGCUGGAUUUAAAAAGUUCAACAAGCUGUGAACAUAUUGCACAGUUUGAAAAUGUACCUUUUGUGUGUGUACCACUAGUGGUACCGCUCCACACUUGAAUCUCAUUUGGUUUAGUCUGUUAUACCUUGACUGUCCAAAUGUUACGUACAAGUUGGAGACGCUUUCAAUCAAUUGAAAACACUUAUAUAAUAUACUUUUGAAGUACUUCCACAAAAGCACACGUUUGCCAUGUCGCUAAGCAUGUUUACAUGCACAAAAGAAUCAGAUUGUUCCCCUGCAGUUUGCAAGAGAUGGGCCGAGCUCGACCAGGAAUAGAGAAAAUCCACAAGUAACUGACACCCAGCCAUUGCAAUGGCUUUAAAUAGACAAACAGGGUUAGAUGGAGCUGUUUUGUAUGCCGUUUCAAAGUCUCGUUUCAGCGGUUUAAUCCAAUGGCGAAUUUUUUGUGCAUGUACAUGUCAUGUACUGACGGUGUGGCAUCCAUUUAAACAGCAUGGAGUUCUAAAAUUGCGACAACAAUAUUGGGUGAGGUUUUGACCUUUUGCACCGUCAAGUGAAUCCUUUCAUGCAUCUCUUGUUCACCAUAAUUGUUGGGCUUUACGCCAUUGUCCCAUUUAAAAUAGCCACCUUGUUGGUGUUUUUCUUAAAGUAUUUAACAAGGCCAGAAGCAAUUAGCUCAAACAGUCGCGAGGGAUGGCAUGUUUCUAUUCUUCCCAAUGAAGUUCUUAAAUUAUAUUUUGAUCUAUGUGUCGAUAAUUGAAUGCUACUGGAAUUGUCUUGUCUGAGGUUGUUGUGUUUGAAUGUGAUUUUGCACCUUACAGUUAUUUGUACAGAUUUACUUUCACUUGAUUUGAGUCAUGCUACGAAAUUCACCCGUGUCUUAAAAUUUGCAUGCAUUUGUGGCAUUUUCCUGAGAGGGUAACAUUAAUAUGCCUGCAUGUUACUAAGUAUUUGUUAUUGUGCAUUAAAUGUCUAUUUUAGUUA